GGUCGACCUGCCAAAUGUGGGUUAUGCGCACUCAGUAGUUUGCUACACCUUGUCUUUUUCCCUUUCCCUCCCCUCCCCCCAAUCAAGUAGUCUUGGGACGGCUUUCAUUUGCAGGCCAUGUCUUCCGCCAAAUUGCAACAGAUAUCCAGAGAUAUAGAAGUAGCCCGCUGCAAAGGGAAUUGGCAGGCUAUUCCCGAGCUUGCACGACGUUAUAAAAAGUAUAACCCAGACGGCACAGUCACGGAACAAACCAUACUGGCAGAAGCAAGUCUAUCUCAACUGGUAGCAUCACAGUCGGUCGCCGAUUACAGCCACGAUUCACCAACUCACAUCAGUCUCGAUGAACGCCUCGACCCAAAUGCCAUCAAAUCGGUUCAAAACCAAUUACGUGCUGUGCUUCAGUUGCCAGACGAUCAAAACCAUCCGCAGAAAGAGUUUGCCAAUAUCGUCAUGGCACGGUCCUACUUCGAGUGCGGCGAAUACGAAAAAACGUUAGAAAUUGUCGAAAAAUUAUCCUUCAACAGAGAAGACGUCAGUGAAGGUUACGGAUUUGUUCUCUUUUUACAAGCGAGGACAGUGAAAGCCAUAUCACUUGAAAUAUUGGGGAACAUCGAUGCGGCUCUACAAAGUUAUGAAGGCAUUGUGAAUUUGUUGAACGAGGGAAUUCAUGUACCGAGGGAACGAGUGUUGGCGGAUUGGGCUGAAAAUGCAUUGUAUCGAGGCUCACUGUUAGCUCUUCGCGAAGGGUGAGUAUGCUCUGCCAUCUGGACAAGGCUGAUCAAAGAGCUCAGUAACCA